AUGUCACUUCGCACAGCUGUUCGUCUUUUCGGUGCUCCCUUCAGGAGUGUUUUACAGCCCUGCGCUGCUAAUGCUAGAAGACCGUACGCGGCCGUGGCUCAAGCGCUGUCGGUGCUGGAAAACGAGCUGGACACUAUCCGGGCAGCGGGCACAUGGAAGGGGGAGCGAGUCAUUACGUCCAAGCAGGGACCUCAUAUCAACGUGGACGGCAGCAGAGGCGGUGAGCAGCACAGUUAUUUAUUUAUUUAUUUACAGUCCUCUCGUCUGAGGCUGGUGGUCACAGACGGCGUGUUCUCCAUGGAUGGUGAUGUGGCUCCUCUGCAGGGUAUUUGUGAUCUAGCUGAGCAGUACAGUGCCUUGGUCUUCAUUGAUGAAUGUCAUGCCACAGGAUUCAUGGGUCCCCGUGGCCGAGGAACCGAUGAGCUGCUGGGAGUGAUGGACAGGGUGCACAUUGUGAAUUCCACUUUGGGAAAAGCACUGGGAGGAGCUGCUGGUGGUUACACUGUCGGACCCAAGGCUUUGAUUGAGCUUCUGAGACAGCGGUCUCGUCCGUACCUCUUCUCAAACUCCCUCCCUCCUCCUGUGGUGGGCUGUGCCACCCGUGCUGUGGAACUGCUGCUGGCAUCCAAUGAAAUCGCUCAGUCCAUGGCAGCUAAAACCAUGAGGUUCAGAAACAACAUGACACAGGCAGGGUUCACCAUUUCUGGCACAGCUCAUCCCAUCUGUCCUGUGAUGCUAGGAGACGCUCGCCUGGCUUCACUUAUGGCUGAUGAUAUGCUAAAACUGGGAGUGUAUGUGAUUGGUUUCUCCUACCCAGUCGUUCCCAAAGGAAAAGCCCGCAUUCGAGUCCAGAUCUCUGCAGCUCACACUGAUGAGGACAUUGAUCGUACUGUAGAUGCCUUCAUACAGACCGGCAGGAAGCAUGGUGUCAUUUCCUAAUGUCCGAAACACAACUGACAAAGUUGUGGACUGUUAGAGUGAGGUUUAAGUUACAUAUCAUAGCAAAAAUGCUUCUGAGAUCAGUGAAGGUCAAAGGAUAUUUGUAUAUUUUAUAAAUGACUUUCUUUAAGAUUAAUAGUUGCUUCUUUUAGGGCAGUCUUCUACACCAGCUAUAUACCAAAUGUGUCUUGACAUUUUUCAGUUAAGACUUGUCUCAUCAGCAUUAUUUGCAAGUUUAUACAGAUCAUGCUGAUGCUGCAACUGUCCAUAGAUGGGUAAAAAUAAAAAGGUUAUGCCA